GAAAAAGUGAACAACAGAGUUGUCUCCCUUCUCUUAACCAACGUACUUCCGUGUUGUCAAGCAUUCGUUACUUGUGAGAUAGCCGACAUGUAUAUCUCAUGGGUUUUUCAUAUUGGCUAUUUCUGUUUUACCUAUGCAGUUUGAUGCAUCAUGGGUGUUUGUGGGAGUUCGGCAAACAAAUUUGCAUUCACCGAGGAGGACAAAAAGUACAUCCGUAUAUCUUGGGAUCAGUUUUCUCAGGGUGACAUGGCAGAAAAUGGAAAACUUGUCUUUACUAGGAUGUUUGAGAAAAGCCCAGCUAUACAAGAUCUGUUUUACUAUUCGACAUCUUGCAAAGUGAUGUCAAAGAAGUUUGGAAAGAACUGCCAGUUCGACAAUCACAUCUGUCAGGUGUUCGAUACGCUGGGGUCAAUUGUGUCGAUCCUUGACGACUGCAAGAAACUUGAGACCAGUCUCGAGGAUGUGGGGUCAGCUCACGCCAUGUUUGCUUUCGAGAAGGACUACUUCAAUGUAGGCAAAAUCGUGUUCGGGGAGUGUCUACUGGUUUGUUUAGAACAAAAGCUCGGAGACAGCUUCACACCUCAAGUGAAAACGGCUUGGACUCACUUUAGUUCUUUCAUACUGGAGUUUGUGCUCGCUGGCUGGACAGUACGUAUGGACAAACUAAACGUUUACCGGUGAUUGUCACGCAAUCAACAUUUGAAUGCCUCUUAUAUGUAUAUGUGGCCAAGUGCAUAAAGCACCCUCACACAAAAACUACACAAGUUCGAUCUUGUUUAUAUUCUUUAAUCCAUGAUGAUAAUAUAUAUACAUGUAUAUGAUAUGGAGAGUUGGCCCCAAACGUCUUUCUCUCUUGCCAGAUAUUCUCUCUCUCUCAACUAUCUUUCACCCCAGUCACACGGAUAACAUCACACACACACCUGACCAAUACUGGCAGACAAUUACUGUUCUGGGUUCCUUAAGGUAACACCAGUGACAGUGUUUACCAUAUAUUAAUGUCCUAAGUGUCUUGGAGGAAUUUCCCAAGUACCUUAAGUGUAAAUAAAGAGAAAUAAACCU